AUGUCAGAUAAGAUCAAGCAUGGAGCUGAUUUGACACUACUUAUCAGAGCACAGAUACAAGCAGUAAACAUUACACCUGCAGAAUACUCCUUAGACCUCACCUGGACAGCAAGUGACGUGGAUAACAAUUACACUGUUGGCUAUGGAUUGCCAGGAAAUAUCUCCUACAAGGAUGUUGACCGAUCUUCAGGGUCAGCUGUGGUCACUUACACCAUCACUGACCUUCAACCUGGGGUCACCUAUCAAAUUGACAUAAGACAUGAUGGCACAUCCAUUUAUAAUGCCAGUCAUACAACAAAACCCCUCCCUCCCAGCAAUAUCAGUGUGGAUGAAGCUGGCACUGAGAACUUGUACAUCUCCUGGACACCUGAUGCGGACAGUGUACAGGACUCCUAUCGUGUCUACCUGACGGGAAUCACUAAUUUCUCUGAGGUGUACGAGUCAGAACUCCUCACAGUACUGUCUCACAAUAUCACAGGAGUCUACCCUGGCCAUGUUUAUACUAUCACUGUUGUCUCCUCAAGUCAAGGGGUUCUCAGUAACUUCUCCACAAUUGUUGAUGAUAAUACAGUACCGCUGUCCCCCGUCAUACAGAGCGUAGUGGCACUGGAUAACAGUAGUAUCAUGAUGUCCUGGGUUACUGAAAUCCACAGCACACAGGAUCAUGAGAUCUUCACAGCAACCUACAACACCUCCUUUGGUUUGUCAGAGGAAGUUAACCUUACAUGUAAGGUCAAACUAUGGUCUAGCUGUGUUGCAGACGUGCCUGGUAUCCCUGGUCAAACUUUACUCCUGAAAGUUUUUGCUGUCAAAGGAGCAAGGAGUAGUGCACCAGAUUCAGCCUAUCACAGCACAAAGCCUGAUCCGUUAAGAGAUAUUAUAGAGCUGGACAGCACCCCAUCAGACCUUUACCUACAAUUGGUACCUCCGACAACCUCCAGCUAUCAAAACUUCAUCUUCAGUAUCAUCAUUGACAGCGUUUUAUUCUACAACUUUAGUGUCCCUCCAUCGGAAACGAAUGUCACUCUCCAGAAUCUUACUGGAGGCACAGCGUACAAUAUUUCAGCCACAGUGGCAUCCCAGUGGGAGGAGAGUAUCUCAUUCUCUGAUAUGUUCUACACAGACCCUUACCCUCCUGGGCCAAUAGAAAUCUCCCCAGCAGGAAUCACUCACACCUCCCUCAAGGUCCUGUGGGAGGACGUCAUCAGUGGUAGUGUGGGUUAUUACGAGGUCAGCAUUUUCCCGAAGGAACCUCAGACAAUAUCACCUGUUAUGGACUAUACUGUAAAUCAGCGCACUGCUCAUUUUGAGAAAUUGGUGGCUGGAAAGAUGUACACUGUAACUGUUGUGUCAGGAGUUGGACAGAAAAAAAGCAACCCAACUGAAAAAGUGGUUUGGACACGACCGUAUGCCCCUGUCAAUUUGACGGCUGUCACUAGGAGUGGUCGUGUGAUCGAGGUAACCUGGCAACGACCUGUAGAUGGAAUGGUGGAGAACUAUUUGGUUAAAGCAAAGUCCACCCUUUUGGAUAGUGUGUCUCCAGCACCUGUCACCGUGGCCACACCAGGGUACACCUUUACCAAGUUACAUCCAGGGGAGACAUACGACAUCACAGUUACCUCUCUCAGUGGCAAUGUGUCCAGUGCAGAGGUCAAAGUUCAGGCGACCACAUAUCCAACUUCUGUUGCCGAGCUCUAUGUAGACUUCGUGAGUACUUCUACUAUCAACGUUUCCUGGCCGCGCCCAGACGGGUCAAUGUUUGACAUGUAUGAACUCAGUAUCUCACCCGCAGACACAACAUCACCCGUCACCAUAUUAGAGGCUCAGGGACAACUCCACUACAGUUUUUAUGGCCUGAAUCCUGGCACAUUGUACAACAUCUCCAUACAGACUUUCAUCAACAAUACCAGUAGUGAUGAGGCAGAGGUCACAGUUAUAACAGAUCCCUUGCCAGUGGAGUUUCUCAAUGUAUCCUCCCAUGCCUCAAGUAGUCUUUAUGCUCAAUGGCAGGUCCUCAAUACACAUCAACAGUCCUAUUUCGAGGUGGUAUAUCAGACAAUAUACCAGAUGGAGAAUACCUCAGUACCACAAAUCCCAGUUGUGGAGGGACAGUUGGGCUACAGUGAGACUCUUUAUAACUUAUCUGCAGGACAUAUGUACCAAGUGUUUGUCCGUUCUGUUAAAACCAUCGGAAACUUGUCAUCCUAUAGUGCCUGGGAGUCUGCAUCUAAAACCACAAAACCCAAGCCUGUCCUGAAUGUCACGGCUGUAUUGAUUGGUCGGAAUGUAAUCCUCAGGUGGACACCUGACCCAGACAGUACUCAGGAUCACUACUACGUUUUGUACAGGGGUACAAUAGCAGGUGUAAAUCCAAGCUGGGAGCAGACACUGUCCAAUACUACAGAACUCUUGUUGACUGGACUGUUCCCAGGGGAACACUAUGAUCUACUAGUCAUUGCUGGCAGCUAUGGAGAAAUGAGUCCUCAUAGAAAUGUCUCCGUGCAGAUUCCUCCUUUGGCACCCACUGACCUCCUGAUCAACUCCUCCCUAACAACAGAGAGUACCCUGUCACUCUUCUGGACCUAUAAUAGAAGUACUACCUUUAUUGAGCAGUACAAACUUGACUACCAGAGCUAUCGUUCCAGUUUUGUUCAAACAAUGACCAUCCCUCAGCCAAAUGACACAGUAGAGAGCCUAGACCUUGUCCUGGGAAAUUUGACUUCUGGGGAAACUUACAAGGUCACAUUUAUAAGUAGUACCAAUGAUGCCUACUCUGAAGAGGUCUAUAGGAAUGCUACACUAAAACCUGAAUGUUUGACCAUACUCUCAGAAGGAGCAAAUGCAACUGAUACCAUUACUGUCCUGUACACAAACACUUCCAACUACUUUGACCAUUAUGUUUUCUACCUGACCAAUGGGAGUGAGUGGCCAGCCAUACAAAAGGACAGACUGGACACCGAUAGAAUUGUGGCAUUUUCUGGUUUGUUAGGAGGAACAGUUUACGGUGUAAAGGUUGUCAGUGUGGCAGAAGAUCAGACCAGUGAUCCACAAUACGUCUAUAUACAAACAGUACCAAACCAGCCUCACGUUACGCAGCUCACCACAUCAUCAGAAAUAACUCUCACAAUCCACAAGCCUGAAGGUCAUGUUGAUAGUUUCAUGGUGGUGUGUUUCCGUGACAAAUACCCAUGCGGAAUUCACAGUCUGGCUGUGACAGCAGAUCAACACUCAGUCACAUUUGAUAACUUAUUACCCUUUACGUUGUAUAACUUCCAAGUGGUGGCCAUUGCAGGGAUCAAACAGAAUUCUGUAUUCCCGAGGAUCACAACCAACCAAGCUGCUCCUUCCCAAGUCCAGGACCUGAAGGCAGUGGAGCUGUCCCCUUUGACGGUCAAUCUGACCUGGCGUCCUCCUUUAGUACCUAAUGGCAUUAUCACAGCCUAUUUGGUGACUUACUCCAGCCAGGUUGGCGGCACUGUUGGUAGUAGAAACCUGACCCUGGCAGGCAGUGUGCAGUACCAGAGUGUGUACAACAUGAACUUCACUAAUCUCCAGGCUGGUCACACCUACACCUUCACAGUGUAUGCUAAGACAGUGACUGUAGGAAUGGCAGCAGUGUACAACAUCACUCUACGAACUUAUCCUCCUCCAAUUAUAGAUGCUGCCACCUCUACGCCUAAAGGUGUAACUGACAAAGGUAUUGCCACAGUUACUCCAACAACACUAAUUGUUCAUUUUACAAAUGCAUUCUCAGUAAAAUAUGGGAAUGUUGUGAAUUACACCGUAAUUGUUGCCACGGAUACGACCGAACAGUACACCAACACCCAUGCCACGCUCCCGGGUUGGAAGGCCGCCCAAGUGGACCCCAGUAUAAAGGCUUACCAGGCCAUUGCUAACUGUUCUUCUUUCUUUGAGGAGACUUCCACAUGCAAUGGAGUGUUUCGUCUACACAAACGUAGCGUCACUGUGGACUCUAAAGUGUUUGAGAUUGGUACAGAGUCUGACUGUUAUUCACGUUCAUAUUGUAAUGGGCCGCUUAAACCACAGACCAAGUAUUAUGUCAAGUUGAGAGGUUACACAUAUGGUGGAUAUACAGAUACAAACUACUCCAAACCAUUCCUUACCAGUCAAGUUGUGGAAGACAACAAUGUAGGAGGAAUUAUUGGUGGGGUGGUGACUGCCAUUCUGUUAGUCAUCAUCUUCAUAAUUCUCUUCAUUGCCUUCCGACGAAUGCGGGAUCGACGCAGUAAUAUGUACAAAGAACGUAACUCACAAAGGCUAAGCAUGACUCCUCGGUCAUCUCUACGCAAAAGCAGAAAGAGUCACCCUGUCAGUACCGCAGAUUUCAGUAAUCAUAUCAUAUCCAUGUCAGCAGACUCCGAUUUCAAGUAUGCAGAACAGUUUGAGGACUUGAAAGAGAUUGGCCGUGAACAGCCAUGUUCUGCAGCAGAACUCCCAGAAAACAGAGGGAAGAACAGAUUCACAAACAUCCUGCCAUAUGACCACUCUCGUGUGAAGCUUCUACCCACUGAUGACGAGGAAGGCUCUGACUACAUCAACGCAAACUACAUGCCUGGCUUCAACUCCAGACGUGAAUAUAUUGUGACUCAGGGGGCGCUACCGUCUACCCGAGAUGACUUCUGGAGGAUGAUAUGGGAACAGAACUCACGCAAUAUUGUCAUGCUCACAAAGUGUGUGGAGAAAGGAAGGGAAAAGUGUGACCAUUACUGGCCUCAUGGCACAGAUGCUAUGUUUUAUGGUGACCUCCAGGUGGCAGCACUAAAUGAGACCAAAUUUCCAUCCUGGACUAUCACAGAAUUCCGGCUCUCUUUGGGAGACAUAUCCCGACAGAUUCGUCACUUCCAUUUCCUGGCUUGGCCUGAUUUUGGUGUUCCAGACAAACCACAGACACUGAUUCGGUUUGUGCGGACAGUGAGAGAUAAAUUGAACAGGGAAUGUGGUCCUAUAGUAGUUCAUUGUAGUGCUGGAGUGGGGAGGUCAGGGACUUACAUAGCAUUGGAUAGACUACUACAGAACAUUAGCGAACAUGGCGAAGUGGAUAUCUUCCAAACAGUCGCUGAGAUGAGACGAGAACGUGUUUGGAUGGUUCAGACAGAGCAACAGUACAUCUGCAUUCACCAGUGCAUCCUCUGUGUUGUGGAGGGCCAUGAGGACGAACAUGUCUAUGAAAAUGCAGCAUUCUCAAAUGCAGGUUAUGAAGCUCAUGAUAAAGAUGAUGAAGGCAUCAAUGUGGAAGUACAGUGA